AUGGCACUAUCUUUUUCGUUGUAAGCUAAAGACUCAGAAUAAAAAUUCAUAUCCAGAGACAACAACUUUGAAUGGUUUAGAAUAUAAUAAUUUUCACGAGUAAUGAACAUGUAAAGAUACAAUUAUACGUUGAUAUACUCACAUGUCCAGAAAAUUGAUUAAUAAUGAAGAGUAGAUCUUAGAGCACUUGGAUCUGCUAUAUAACUAAGAGACCCCAAAGGAGUAACUCAGAGCUCUUUCACAAUGGCUACUCGGUGUGGCAUAAUCCAUUUGUUCAUCUUCUCCAUAGCUCUGCUUUCACUGGGUUCUUCGUCAUUCGCAGUGAAUGCACCAUCUAAUAAACCCCGUUCCUUUAUCCUCCCCAUCGAGAAAGACCAAAAAACCCUUCAGUACUCAACUUCAGUGGAGAUGGGAACCCCUGCGGUCACACUAGAUCUAGUGAUUGACAUAAGAGAACGUUUCUUAUGGUUCGAGUGUGGCAGCGACUACAACUCCUCAACCUACCGCCCCGUCCGAUGUGGGACCAAGAACUGCAUCCAAGCCAAAGGCACCGAUUGCAUCUCAUGCCUCAACCACCCUCUCAAAACGGGUUGCACCAACAACACCUGCGGGGUUCAACCAUUCAACCCCUUCGGCGCCUUCUACGUCAGCGGCGAUGUGGGACAAGACACCCUCUCCUCCGCGCACUCCACAACCCGUGCCAGAACACCCUCCAAUUUGCACGUCCCAGCCUUCAUCUCUUCCUGCGUCUACCCAGAUAAGUUUGGGGUCGAGGGCUUUCUCCUGGGCCUGGCCCGCGGCAAGAAAGGACUGUUGGGCCUUGCCAACACUGCUGUUUCACUACCAGCCCAACUCGCAACCAAAUACCACCUUCAACGCAAGUUUGCGCUCUGUUUACCUUCCUCUUCAAAAUUUAACAAACUCGGGGAUCUCUUUGUUGGUGGCGGUCCUUACUAUCUGCCACCUCACGAUGCUUCCAAGUUUCUAACUUACACCCCCCUCGUUACCAACCCCCAUAGCACAGGCCCCAUCUUUGACGACGAUCCUUCCUCGGAGUACUUCAUCGACGUUAAGUCAAUCAAAGUUGACGGCAAAACGGUCAACGUUAACACCUCUCUGUUGUCUAUUGACGAACUGGGAAACGGCGGCACAAAACUCAGCACCGUUAUUCCUUACACCACGUUGCACAGCUCGAUCUACCGGCCUCUGGUGAAUGCUUUCGUGAAGAAAGCGGCGGUUAGGAAAAUGAAGAGAGUGUCUUCGGUGGCGCCGUUUGGGGCGUGCUUCAGUUCAAGAACGGUUGGAGCGAAUGUGCCGGCGAUAGAUCUGGUCCUUGGAGGUGGGGUUGAGUGGAGAAUCUAUGGGUCGAAUUCAAUGGUGAAGGUUAACAAAAAGGUGCAAUGCCUUGGGUUUGUGGAUGGGGGUUUGGAUGGAAGUCCCAUAGCAACUUCGAUUGUUAUUGGAGGGUAUCAGAUGGAGGAUAAUCUUGUGGAGUUUGAUCUGGCUUCUUCAAAACUUGGUUUUAGCUCCUCCCUUUUACUCCACAAUGCUACCUGUUCCCAUUUCAGAGUCGUUUGAGUUUUCGUUCAUUUGCCGUUGUAAUCGUAUUUAUCACGUGCUGUAUUUACUCGAAGUCAUUCACAUUUUGAAUUUGGGUCCCUAUAUCUUGUUAACGUUAAAAUUCAAUAACAGAUAACAACUCGGUUAUUAUUUAAUACUAUA